GCAUCGAAGGAGCAAACCCAAGAUUUGAUUGUGAAGACAACAAAACUUCAAGGAGAGAAUCAGCGACUGGAGAUUCGAGCCCAAGUUGCAAACGCUUUCCUAGAAAAGUUCCAGCUUGCAUCUGAUGAGAUGAGCACUUUACGUGGAAGCCAUGAAGGUCCAUUGAAUGAAGAGUUCUUCAAGGUUCUGAAUAAAGUUAAACAGAUCCAUAAUGAUGUCAAAGUGCUUCUGCGCACAAACCAGCAAACUGCAGGGUUAGAAAUUAUGGAGCAGAUGGCUUUACUCCAAGAGACAUCUUAUGAGCGACUGUAUCGAUGGGCUCAGAAUGAGUGCAGAACAUUGACCCAGGAAUCAUGUGACAUAUCUCCUAUUCUGUCUCAAGCGAUGGAUGCUCUACAAGACAGACCCGUCUUAUACAAAUACACAUUGGAUGAAUUUGGUACAGCGAGAAGGAGUGCUGUGGUGCGUGGUUUUAUUGAUGCACUCACCAGAGGUGGGCCUGCUGGUACCCCCAGACCUAUUGAGAUGCAUUCUCAUGAUCCCUUGAGGUAUGUUGGGGAUAUGUUGGCCUGGCUGCACCAAGCUACUGCAUCUGAGAAAGAGCACCUGGAAUCUCUUCUUAGGCAUGUCAACAUCCAAGGGGUGGAGGAUAAUAUCCAGGAAGUAGUUGGACAUAUCACUGAGGGUGUCUGCAGACCACUGAAGGUUCGUAUAGAACAGGUUAUCAUUGCUGAGCCAGGUGCAGUGCUGUUGUAUAAAAUCUCCAAUCUUCUGAAAUUUUACCACCACACAAUAAGUGCCAUUGUUGGCACAAGCGCAUCGACACUGCUGACUACAAUAGAAGAAAUGCAUUUAUUAAGCAAAAAGAUCUUUUUCAACAGUCUGACCUUACAUGCAAGUAAACUGAUAGACAAGGUGGAGUUGCCUCCUGCAGAUCUAGGUCCAAGUUCUGCCCUGAAUCAAACACUCACCCUACUACGGGAAGUUCUGGUUUCUCAUGACUCCUCUGUUGUUCCUCUGGAUGCACGACAAGCAGACUUUGUCCAGGUGCUGUCCUGUGUCCUGGACCCUCUGCUACAGAUGUGUACGGUGUCUGCCAGCAACCUGGGGACAGCUGACAUGGCCACAUACAUGGUCAACUGCCUUUAUGUAAUGAAGACCACACUUGCUUUGUUUGAAUUUACUGAUAAGCGUCUGGAGAUACUGCAGUUUCAGAUUGAAGCUCACCUGGACACGCUGAUCAAUGAGCAGGCCUCAUUUGUUUUGACCAGAGCUGGAUUAAGUCAGAUCUACAACUGUUUUCAACAACAUAAACCAGAGCAGGGGCCGCUGGCCAACCUACCUAAUAUGGACUCUGUGUCACUGAAGGCUGCAAUGGCGCAGUUUGACCGAUACCUGGCGGCUCCAGAUAAUCUUCAGAUGCCACAGUUGAAUUUCUUCCUCAGCGCCACUGUGAAGGAUCAGAUAAUUAAACAGUCCACAGAACUGGUAUGUCAAGCUUACAGGGAAAUUUAUGAUGCUGUCAUGAAUCCCGCAAAUAUUUACAAAGAGCCAACAAGCAUUCUACACAGAUCUCCACAACAAGUUCAGAAUCUUUUGUCAUAAAUAUUGUUUACUUCUUUUUCUGGUUAUAUUGUUUAUUUUAUUAUUUCAAUAAAUCAUACUAAUAUCA